CGCGCGUGUCUGUGAAGCAGUGACGUCGCGUCCAGCAGAAGGCUACAGAGACGGAGGGUCGCGGGCGGAUAACAAACGGUGGAGUCUCUGAGAAUUUAACACCGCGGCGGACUCACAGGAUCACUGCUCGUUGUUCGGUGAUUGUUGAACUCAAAGAUGAAUUUUGAGCAGCCCCCUCCAUACCCGGGCAGCGGCCCCACAGCUCCAGGCUACCCAGGCCAGGGCCCCCCACCUCCACAAGGCUACCCACCUCAGGGUUAUCCUCCUCAGGGAUACCCUGUGAACAUGGAGCAGCCUAAUCCAGCAUACCCAUCCUACCCACCUGGACCAAUGCCCCCUGGAGGUCCUUAUCCUGGCCAAGGGUAUCAUGGACAACCACAGUUUGGCUGGCAGGGGGGUCCCCCUCCCGGGCCUAUGUAUGGUGAAGCUCCCAAAAACACAGUGUAUGUGGUGGAGGACAGGAGAAGAGACGACACAGGGGACACGUGCCUGACAGCCUGCUGGACAGCUCUGUGUUGCUGUUGUCUCUGGGACAUGCUGACAUAACGCUACUCACCAACUGCUCACUCCCACCACCCACCACUCCCAUUUCUGUGCCUUUUACCCCCAUCACCCUCUCUCCCCUCUGCCUUACACCUCGCACUCCCUUAAAAACCACCCGUUUCCUCUACUGUCUGUAGCUCGUCUGUUGUUAUAAAUGCUCCAAUGUAGAAGUCCUCCCUCAGUACCUUGACGUGCAACCCUCAGCACUGAUUGAAUGAUUGACCCUGUUCAGGGGCUACUCUGUUGUAGCAGCUUGUAACUGAGCGUCAAAACCUAACCUGAAUCUCAGGGUCUUAGCACACAUACAUGCACACACAUACAUUUAUAUGCUUCCAUCUUAGUGAGGACACUAGUUGACGUAAUGCAUUCCUCAAGCUACAGCCACACAAAUAUGUUUUUGUCAUCAACUUUGUCCGGACGGACAGAAACGGACCUGUUUGGAAACAAUGACGUAGACACUCACAACAGCAAGCUCGAUUCAGUGGCUGAUUUGACCCUAUAUGACAUAGCAGACACUGUUUUCUUUGCUAACAGCUGUUGUGCAGUCGAAUUUUGUGUUUUACAAUACAGCCGGACACAAGCUAUUAUUUUAGCAAUGCUUUGCUGUUUACACCACCAUGCACAUGCCCAGUGUGAGUGAGAGUUCAUGUGAUUUGUGUUUUCAGGCAUGUUAACGCAGAUAACUAUUAAAACUGAUUCUGAGCCAAACUGUUUGUGUGGAUAGAGAUUGUUUGAGUUUUUAAAAAUACAAAUUCAAAUGAAAACAUAUUUCAGAUUAUGUAUGUAGCCUGAGCACCCCACCCUAACCCUCACAACUAAAUGCUUGUGCCUGAAAAUUAUACUCCACCCUCAAAAGUCUUAGUAGUCAAACAACUGUUUGAAAAGGGAGAACCAGCCACAAUGUCCUCUUUCAGUAAGGUCUAUGCUCAAAAUGGUUCUCACAAAGAUUGAAGUACAAGUCCACACACACACAAACACACACACAGUACACUUCAGACCUCAGGCUCAUCUAGUGUGAUGCUCUUUGGCACUUUAUGAUGAUUACCUAUGUAAGAUACUACUCCUGCCUCCCCCUAUCUACCUCCCUCUUUAUCCUCCUCCCCUCUUCCAGCUAUGCUACUUGCCCCACCCCUCAUCCUGGACCCCCCUGCACCCGCCCCUCAUGCCCCAAAGGCCACUGAGACCCUGGCUGUUAAUGAGCCACAGGGUGCUGUUAAAGAAGCUCAUGCUUGAAACGUAACCCUUUCAUUUGCACACAAGCUCUUAUUUUUCCUGAUGUAUGUCUUCAGGUCGAAUCAUACAAUAUUUACAUGGAGUCCAUUUUUAAUGAGGACAGUGAUUUAUGUUUGAUUACUGUUCACAUCCAAUGCUCACAAUGUUUGUUUUUCAUGAUGAUAUUGAUAUGAAGGAAAUGAUUGCAAUAUUAUUUUUAUUACAUACCUUGGCGAUAAAACAGAAAACAUGAAAAAAAUAAGUUGUUAUUCCUUAACAGAAGAAACCAACUGACUUGUUUGAUGCCUUUUUGCUUUAGAUGAGAAUCUUGCAUUAAAACGUACUCCCAUGAAA